AUAUGGAAGUGAUGAAAAGUCAACAACAUAGCCAUUCUUUUUUUGUCUGCUAAUUAAAAUUAUCUACAGAGAGUUUUUUCUUUCUUCAUGAAUGUAAAAUUUAUUAGCAUCAACAAAUAUCGAAAAUAAAACGGAAAGCAAAGAAACCAGAAGAAACAAACAAAAAUAAUUUGCGAUGAUGAUGACGAUGACGAGGAGUGUACCUCACGGCAACCAUUUCCACACAUUCUUCUUCUUGUUUUUUCAACUCUUUGUGUUGAUUACUUCCAUUGCAAGCUACGAUUCUACAUUUUCACCAACAAGACCUCUCAGGAUCACAGAGAACGAGACUAUUGUGUCCCCUAAAGGAAUAUUUGAGCUUGGUUUCUUCAAACCUGCAACGAGAUUUCAAGAACGAGAUCGUUGGUAUCUCGGAAUUUGGUAUAAGAGAUUCGCCACGAGAGUCGUAUGGGUAGCCAACAGAGACAAUCCUCUCUCCAGCUCCAUCGGAACCCUCAAAGUCGAUAAUAGCAAUAUUGUCUUCCUCGAUCAUUCCGGCCGGGUUACGUGGACGACGAAUCUGACAAAGAAUAUGAUCAAUAACCAACUUCUGGUGGCAGAGCUUCUGGAUAACGGUAAUUUCGUGCUGAGAUACUCCAACAGUUCUUCAUAUUCGUGGCAGAGCUUUGAUUUUCCGACCGAUACUUUACUCCCAGGAAUGAAGUUAGGCUGGGACCGCAAAACAAACAUCAACAGAAGACUUAGGUCCUGGAAGAGCGUUGAUGAUCCUUCAAACGGAGACUAUAUAUAUAAAAUUGAAAUUCGAAAUCUUCCAGAGAGUUUCAUAUUCAAGAAAAAUUCGCCAAUCUACCGAAGUGGCCCCUGGAAUAAAGUCAUUCUGAGUGGGUCAUCGACAGCUAUCCAAGUAUCGCCUUAUGCUACAAUCAAUCUUACAGAGACUAGUGAAGAGGUUACAUACUCGUUCGACAUCAAUAAUAAUAGUUUCUACUCCGUAUUGGAAAUGAACUACGACGGAUUAUUGCGGCGUUGGGUGUGGACGCCAACAGCGCAAAAGUGGACGUUGCCAUUUAAGAUACCACGCGACCAAUGUGAUAACUACAGUGAAUGUGGGCCUAAUAGUUACUGUGACAUGACCACAACGCCGAUAUGUAACUGUCUCCAAGGGUUUCAGCCUAGAGACCAAGAGGCGUGGGAGUUUAAAGAGUUGACAGGUGGGUGUGUCAGGAAGUCACAAAUGAGGUGCGUUGGAAAUGGUUUUCUGCAUCUUACGAAAAUGAAGCUGCCAGAUACUAAGACCACUAUCGUGGACACUACAAUUGGGUUAGAGGAAUGUAAGGCGAGGUGCCUUAUGGUUAUGGAUUGCAAUUGCACGGCCUUUGCGAAUACGGACAUGCAAAAUGGUGGCUGGGGUUGUGUGAUGUGGACCGGUGACUUGGUAGAUCUUCGGAUCUACAGACCCCAAGGUCAAGAUCUUUAUGUCAAGCUGGUGGCUGCUGAUCUAGGAGAAAAGAGAAGAAUGAAUAAAAAGACCAUCAUUGGAUCAACUGUUGGAGGCUGUUUGUUACUUCUUCUAAGUUUCAUCAUAAUUUGUUUCUGGACGAGGAGAAAGAAGCGAGCAAGAACAGCUGCUAACGUGUCACAAGAGAGGAACCGAGAUCUGAAGAUCAACACAACCGAGGAUUGGGGAUCUAAACGCAUGGAUUUUGACGUUAUUUCGACUGCUACCAACCAUUUUUCGGAGCUUAACAAACUCGGAAAAGGUGGUUUCGGUAUCGUUUACAAGGGACGGUUAUGUGAUGGGCAAGAGAUCGCCGUGAAACGAUUGUCCAAGAUGUCACCAAUAGGAGUUGAUGGGUUUGCAGUUGAGGCGAAACUGAUCGCCCUAGUACAACAUGUUAAUGUCAUCCGGCUAAUCGGAUUUUGCUAUAAUGCAGACGAGAAGAUAUUGGUCUAUGAGUUCCUAGAGAAUUCCAGCCUUGACACGUAUCUCUUCGAUUUCCUUCAUCUCAACGACGGAAGCACUCUUCUCAGCUACAUGUGGAAUCAUUGGAGCCAAGGGAACGGCCUAGAGAUCAUUGAUCCUGCAAUCAAAGACUCAUCAUCAUCAGUGUUAUCAUCGCAGCAAAUAUUGCGAUGCGUACAGAUCGGCUUGAUGUGUGUUCAAGAACUACCAGAGGACAGGCCAACGAUGUCGUCGGUGGGUUUGAUGCUCGGAAGGGAAACAGAGGCAAUACCUCAGCCCAAAUAGCCGGUGGAAACUGGGUCUUCUUCCGGAGGGCAACAAGAAAGCGAAUCUGGAACAGUUCCAGAAAUGACCUUGUUCAUUGAGGGUCGCUAAUGGUAAUUUAUCUGCCUUAAAAAGAUGUCUGAUUCACUUCUUAAUUACGUACUUUCUACUUUGUUCUUAAUCCGUUGAAGCUAUAUAUCGAUCACAACAUUACUUAAAUAAUAAAUUUCUAUGGAUAGU